AACUUUAAUAUUUGUGAUGAACGUGCGACUUUGUAACGGUUUUCAAUAAGCAUGUUACCAUGGUGACGCAGUGACUCAGUUACAUUUACCACAGUGAACGGCAGCCUAGCAUUGCUGCUCGGGGUUGUCUAGCUUGUACGAACUGGCCGUAAUCAUCGCCAUGUGUUCUGUUUGGUCACCAACAGGGUAAUGUUUCAAACCGUUUAAUGGCAGCUCCAACAUGAUGACUUUCCAGGUUAAUGCAUCGCUGCCCAUCGUUACCGCAAAGGCUUUAUUGUCGGAGGGAAGCUCAAAGUGCAGCCAGCGCGGCCCUGAUGCGGUUAGGUAUCCAGCAUACUGGGACGUCGGUAUGGGAGCAGGUGGUCAAGGGGCUGUCAGACAAAAUAAUCAAAUGAGGAAAUUGCCUUUGAUUCAACACUUGAGCAAGUCCAGGGAAUGGAAAACCGUAGUUAGCGGCCCCAUAGUUCGAGGGUCACCCAACCUGGCCAGAGAUGACAGACUGGGAGAAGAGAUCAAUGGCUCAGAGAAGGACAUCUCUGGCAGACGCUUUCUUUUUGAUAAACAAUGUGCGAGGUUAGAGGGGACCAGAACUGUGAUUCCUCCACUGGCCACAGGCUACCAUGUGCACAGACCCGGGAACCAGCAUCCCCUCAGCCUCUCCAAGAAGCUUUUCCACAGUCAUGCAGGGCGGCCUUUCACCCUGGGCUACCCUGAAAGAUUUGAACUGAAUACAAAUCCAGCCAUCCUCUUUCCCUCCGCUUUAGUCCUCAAUGGCAGAAACACCUUCUCGGCUGAGAACUGCAAGCGAAGCAGGCCUAAGGUGAAUUAUCCAACCCACAACCUACUGACUGUUAAAGAUAAUCAAAAGAGCCAGUCCUAUCCAGACCCAGUGGUCGGAGCCCCACGCUCUUUUAUCCACAGGAUAUCUGUGCUGUCCACCUUGGAGGGUGAGACGGUGAGACAAGAAAAGCUCAAGAAAAUGAGGAAAGCUAAAAAGCCUUCAUCCUGACAAUCACCUUCUUCCCAGUCCCACUGGUCGAGGAUAAAAACCUUCGAGUCUGUGCCAACAACGUCUGAGCAAAAUAAAACAUUUAAGGCACCGUGUUCCUUCCAGUGGCUUGUUCUGACGGCUUGUUUGUCCUCCGUGGUAUUAGUUUUCUGCCUAACAUGGCUGGUCUUCACAUUUUGGGAUUCCUGACCUGAGCUCCUCUAUUAGUGAUUGCAUGUAGUAUUUACCGUGGUAAAUUACAGUGUUCGCUAUGACAACAAAUGCUGGUGAUGAAUAUCAAAUCUUUUCUGACUUUUGUGCUACACACACGUAGCAUUCAACAUAUGUAUAAAAAAGAUAUUUGUUUUACCUUUGUAAUGGCUGUUAUGUAAUUCUGCCAUAAUUAUCGCUGUAUCAUGAAUAUGUUGAAGAUGCUGUAAAGCUUGGAUCUCAUUAUAAGAGUGUUUAAAACAUUGCUGUUGUAUAAAAAUCAAGCUGUGUGGAAUAUAUAUGUACAUAUUGAAUAGUUUAGCAAAACCAUUAUUGUGCCUUGUGAAACGUCUUCCUGGAAUUAAAUACAUUUAUUUUUGUUAUUGUUA